AUGACCAAUUUGGAAUACCCCAUUCCAUUCUACAGGGUGGACAGAGAAAUGGAGCCAGUAUGCCAUGGCAGCAGGAAAGCUCAGGAGGAAACAUCAAGUCUUCAUCAGGCAAACUUUGUGACCCCUGGCAUGCUGAGUCUCACAGCAGAAGACUGUGGUGGCACCAACGCAACCAGCAGAAAACACCAUGAACACCGCACUUGCACCAAGAGUGUGCACAAAGUUGUCUUCCUCUUCUGCUCUCUCACACUUGCUAUCAUCAUUGCCUGCAUAGUCUUUGUUGAGAUGAAGCAAACUGGAGACUGGGAAGAAACGUCCAGACGGUAUCAUGGUGAAGUUGGUGUCAACAUCCAGCAAUUGGCCACCCACACUCAUACUCAUCAAGAGAAUCUGGCUCAUCCUGAUUAUUGAAAAACUGGGAUAUCAUGUUCAUUUCAAAUUCAAGUGAAGUCUGUUCCAUGAUCAUCAGCAGCAUGUGCAUUUGUUGUGCUUGUUCACAUGGCUAAGCACACCAAAGCUAUUUAAAAAAAGAAGUUUUCUUGCUUUAAGUACAAAUGUGGAAAAAGCGAAGAUUUUGUUCAUACUCAAAAUUAAUACAAAUGUAAUGUUUAAAAAGUCAAGGCAUUAAUUGAGCGACUAACUCGACUUUUUCCUCCCAUUGCAGUGUUCAAGUGUAUAUUAAUAAACAGUGAUAUUUCCGUAAAAGUUUUCAUUUUGUUCAUUUUUUUCCGAUGGUUCUGGUUCACUUCAUGAAAUUUCAAUUCUGAAAAAGGAUGUGUUUUAUUAAUUGUUCAGACUGUGAUUUGUUCCUGAUAGAUGGACCACUUUGAGUUUCCUCACAAAAGGGGCACCCUUCAUUAAUGGAUGAAGAACUUUAAGAAAAAUUGUUGAUGCGAAUGGAAUAAAAUAUUUUUUGGAGAAGGAAAUA